GUAUUACAGAGGAACACAUGGGGUCAUUGUUGUCUACGAUGUAACCAGUGCAGAAUCUUUUGUGAAUGUAAAACGGUGGUUGCAUGAAAUUAAUCAAAAUUGUGAUGAUGUCUGCCGGAUACUAGUGGGGAAUAAGAAUGAUGACCCAGAGCGAAAAGUGGUGGAAACAGAAGAUGCCUAUAAAUUUGCUGGGCAGAUGGAGAUCCAAUUGUUUGAGACCAGCGCCAAAGAAAAUAUUAAUGUGGAAGAG